AUGCCGGACGACAGUGUUGCGAAAAACAUUUUGUCCAUGAAGCCAACCUUAACCCAUAGUAUAGAGUGGCACAACGUGCUUAAUGGCUCGGCCAGUUUGGAGCUAACUUGCGAGACACUCGAAAAAUUGACAUCGAUUUACACUUCCGUUCACAUAACAAAUCUUGAAGUGCCAAGAACGUACAUCCUUGAGCAGGAUGAUUUUCUCACUGCCUUCUCUGCCGGAGAAUACCACUGGAUGCAGCAGCAGCAGCGACCAGUACGAAACAAAUCGAACGGAACCAUUCAUCCCUUGCCAACUGCCGCCGCCGCCGUAGCAGUUGAAGCAGAAAACUUUACUACAGGGCAGGGCGAUAGUAAUUCUUCCUUGGCGGUAAAACCUCUCAUAAUGGAUUGCCAGUACGAGAUUAAGGCUAAUGAGUGCGGAUUCGUUCUUAAGUGGUAUUUCAACCGGAAGCUGAUUUACCAAUGGAUACCGGCAAGAAACCCGGUUGGCAUGAAUCAGUUCAAAAGUGAACUUCGUACCAACUACUCUAUGUCGGAUUCGGCCAACUACAAGUACCGGGCCCUGGUAAUACAGAAUCCAAAGCUGAACCACAGCGGAGAGUACAUGUGCUCGGUGCAAACUUAUGAAUCGUUCGACCGUAAGGCGGCUCGAUUUCAAAUUGUUGUUCCCGAGAAAAUGCUGCUGCUUCACUACGAAAACGACGCCGAAAAGGAAAACAUGCUACUUAUCAAAUGCAGCGUGUUUAUGAUUUAUCCUGAACCGAACCUGGUCCUAGUUGUUAGCGGCGACCUAGUGCUGGUUAGCUCACGUACCGUCGUCGUUGCCGACCGGUACCACAUGUUCAACAAAACCGUUUAUGGCCUGAUCGACAAGCACCUGCUCAUCUCACCCACCUCGAUUGGCUGUGUCCUAUCGGUUGCCGGCUCGAGCUACGUGCGAAAGCGCGAAACAAUCUAUUACGAUCCCACGCAGCUGACGAGAUGGAGCCGCCUCAGGAUGGACCAUCAGGGACGAUUUGAGAUUAGCGAUUGCUCCGGUAAGGUGGUUAAGUUAGCACGAUUGACCUAA